GCCAUUUACAAAUGUUUAUAUAAGUUGUUGUAAUUAAAGUGUAAUUACUUUUAAAUCAAAUUAUAAUCUCAACUAAUUUUACAUAUAAUAAAAUGAUUGUCCGCCCAAUUAAUUACAUAUUAAUAAUAAUUUUCAUAUAUUAUACCAAUUGUGUGAUAUGCCAGUCGUGUCCGAACGGUUGGGAAGAGUUCCAGAGUUCGUGCUAUAAGUUCACCCGAAAUCCCGUCAAGAAUGUGAUCCAAGCGGAGGACACAUGCCUUCUAUACAACUCACACCUAAUUAGUGUCAACACAUUGGAUGAGCACUUGUUUG